UUGCUGUCAUUUAGUCGAGAGCGAGUCGUCGAACGGAUCUGGACACCAGCCAGCCGGAAAAUAUAUAUUCGCGAAUAUUAAAGAUAUAUAUAAACUAGCGGCAUUAUGUCAAUUAUCUCAAAAAUAUCAAUUAUUCGAGGAGUGGGGGGACGUCAUUAUAGUGCUGUUGCUCAGACUCAGCUGAGGGAGAUAUUAGGCACCCAGCUGGCUGGGAUCAAGGAAGCGGGCACCUUUAAGGCAGAAAGAAUCAUCACAUCUUCGCAGAGCACCCAGAUAACAGUAGAAGGCAGCGAUAAGAAGAUACUUAACUUCUGUGCCAACAACUAUCUUGGGCUGGCGAACAAUCCGGAGAUCGUGAAGCACAGCCAGCAGCUGCUGGAGCAGUAUGGCGCUGGCCUGAGCUCGGUGCGUUUCAUUUGCGGUACCCAGGAUAUACACAAGCAGUUGGAGAAGAAGAUAGCCCAGUUUCAUGGACGUGAGGAUACUAUUUUGUAUGCUUCCUGCUUUGACGCCAAUGCGGGGAUCUUUGAGGCCAUACUGACGCCGGAGGAUGCAGUGUUUUCUGAUGAACUAAACCACGCCUCGAUCAUCGAUGGUAUCCGGUUGUGCAAGGCCAAGAAGCAGCGCUACAGGCACCGGGAUUUAAAGGAUUUGGAGGAUCAAUUGAAGGCGAGUGAUGCCCGGCUUAAGCUUAUCGCCACCGAUGGUGUAUUUUCCAUGGAUGGAAACAUCGCACCUUUGGCAAAAAUUGUUGAGUUGGGCAAAAAGUACAAUGCCCUGGUGUUUGUGGAUGAGUGCCAUGCAACGGGGUUCUUUGGCGACACAGGGCGAGGAACCGAAGAGUACGCCAAUGUGAUGGGUGAGGUGGACAUAAUCAACUCUACCCUGGGUAAGGCUCUAGGUGGAGCUUCCGGUGGUUAUACUACAGGUCCCGCCGAGCUCAUCUCGUUUCUGCGACAGAAAUCCAGGCCAUAUCUCUUCUCCAAUACCCUACCGCCAGCAGUUGUGGCGGUUGGUUUAAAGGUCAUGGAUAUGCUACUCCAAUCCAGCGAACUAACCCAGCGCGUUCAGAGUAACACUCAGCGUUUCCGGAAGGCUAUGACCAAGGCUGGAUUUACCAUAGCUGGCGAGAAUCAUCCCAUCUCCCCCGUUAUGUUGGGAGAUGCUCGCCUGGCCACCAAGUUUGCGGAUGAGAUGCUGACACGUGGCAUCUAUGUCAUCGGCUUUAGCUACCCAGUGGUGCCUCAAGGAAAGGCCCGAAUCCGCGUUCAAAUCUCCGCUGCCCAUACUGAAGCUGAAAUCGAUCGAGCCAUUGAUGCAUUCAUUGAAGUUGGUCGCUCUCUGAAAGUAAUCCAGUAAACUACAAGGAAAAGAAUAUUGCCAAUUAUUCCAAGUCCAAUUUUGCAUUUACAUUAAAACCCUGCAUUUAUCUAUUAAAUA